UUUUUUUUUUUAAUCUGCUAAUCAUUUAAAUUUCAUUUCUUCUUACUGAAAAGCUUGUGAGUAUUUAAUCAAGAGCUAAUUUUGAACAACAGUUGGUAUAAUCGGGCAUCAGCAAACAAUAUCAAAAGUGACAAAGUAUGUUACUGCUUCUGUUUCUAUUCUCUGUGCUUAAUAGCGGUCUAGUACUGAGUUCAAAUAGUCAGUAUGCAUCAGUUACUUAUAAUGAUAGGACAAGAGAAUUCACUAUUCACGAUACCUAUGUGCAGAAUUCUGUGGCUAAUGGCUCAUUCAAGGAUGAAAUUUUUAAGACUGGAUGGUCUUAUUUAGAAGUGAAUACUGAUGUAAAUUAUCCCGAUCCAGUACAAGCAUAUGCUGCUGGUGUUGUCGAAGGUUACUUGACGGCCCCCGUUUUAAAAAAUCAUUGGACCAAUAUGGCGGCCGAUUAUUGCAAUGGGGAAGAAGCUUAUUGUGAUAGACUGAAAUCUUUCCUCGAAGAUAACUUAGCCUUCAUAAAUAUAAAUGUCGAAACUAAGAGAUUUCGUAAUGAAUAUUGGCAUCAGGUGGCUCUAAUUUUAGAACAAUUGCAUGGAAUCGAAGAUGGCUUUAGAAAUAUAACCAGUAACCCUUCAACCUCGGUAGAUGUUAUGGGUUUGUACUUUUUGAAUUUGGUGGGAGACCUUAUAGGUUUGGAAGAAAAACUUCAGAAGAAAGAGAUUAAGAGGCCUUUUGGUUCAGGUUCUUGCUCAGCUUUAAUAAAAAUUCUUCCUAAAAAAGACAUCUUUUUUUCGCACGUUACCUGGACAAACUAUAACUCCAUGCUAAGAAUUCUGAAAAAAUACAGUUUUCAGUAUCAUUCUGCAUUGUUUGAAGGAGCUCCACUUAUACCCGGGCACACCUAUUCCUUUUCCUCAUAUCCUGGAUUGGUGUUUUCUCUAGAUGAUUUCUAUUUAAUAUCAUCUGGUUUGGCAGUAAUGGAGACAUCACUUGAGAAUACGAAUACAACCUUAUGGCAAUAUAUAAGACCUAGUACAAUAUUAGAAUUCCAACGCACUAUUAUUGCUAACAGACUAGCAAAGAAUGGACAGCAGUGGACCGAUAUUUUCAGUAUCAUGAAUAGUGGGACGUACAAUAAUCAGUGGAUGGUCCUAAACUAUAAUAAAUUUCAGCCAAAUCAACCUCUGCAAGAUGGAUUGCUCUAUGUGUUGGAACAACUACCAAACUAUAUUCACAGUGAAGAAAAAACAGAUGUUCUGAGGAAGCAGGGUUUCUGGUCAUCUUAUAAUGUGGCAUAUUAUGAAGAUAUAUUCAAUAUGAGCGGAGCUCCAGAAAAUGUUAAAAAAUAUGGAGAUUUUUUCACUCACGACAAAUCACCUCGAGCUUUGAUAUUUAAAAGAGAUCAAAGCAAUGUGACAGACAUUGACAGCAUGAUGAAAUUAAUGAGGUAUAAUGAUUAUACCAAUGAUCCUCACUCAAGAUGUGAUUGUAAUCCUCCGUAUAGUGCAGACUGUGCCAUAUCUGCACGCAAUGAUCUUAAUCCAGCUAAUGGAACUUACCCCUUCGAAAGCUUAGGCCAUAGUCAGGAAGGGGGUACCGAUAUGAAGCUUACGACAUAUCAGCUGUUUCAGAAGUUGCAGUUUGUAGCCAUUGGAGGACCAACUUAUGAUCCCCUACCUCCCUUCCAAUGGAGUAAAAGUGAUUUCAGAAAAACCGUCAAACAUGAGGGGCAUCCUGAUUUAUGGAAGUUUAAACCCAUCAUACAUAAAUGGACAUGAUUUAUUUCUUGUUCCAAUCAGUUUUUUUAUGUUUAUGAUAAUAAUAAUAAAAAAAGGAGUUUUUGCGUC